AUGAACAAUACAACCACAUCAUCAUCAUCAACAACUGCAACAUCUUCAACAUCAUUAGCACCAAAUAAUACAUUAAAUAAUGAAAAUCCUAUAGUAUUUAUGGAUGUUGCAAUUGUAAAUCAACAAAACCCAGUACAUUUAGGUAGAAUAAAAAUAGAAUUAUUUGCAGAUAUCGUACCAAAAACAGCAGAGAAUUUUAGACAAUUUUGUACUGGUGAACAUAGAGUUGCAGGUUUACCAAUUGGGUAUAAAGAUUGUACAUUUCAUAAAAUUUCUAAAGAUUUCAUGAUUCAAGGUGGUGAUUUCGUAAAAAGAGAUGGGUCAGGUAGAACAUCAAUUUAUGGUGAAAGAUUUGCAGAUGAAAAUUUUAAAAUUAAACAUUCAGGACCAGGUUUAUUAUCAAUGGUAAAUAGUGGACCAAAUUCAAAUGGUUGUCAAUUUUUCAUAACGUGUGUUGCUGCUGAAUGGUUAGAUGGUAAAAAUGUAGUUUUUGGUAAAGUUAUCGAUGGUUUAAAAGUUGUUAGAACAAUUGAAGAUAUACCUGUUAAUCCACCACCAAAUAGACCAAAAUAUGAUGUAGUUAUAACUGAAUGUGGUCAAUUAUAA